ACGGCGCGCGUAUCAGCGCCGGCGCGUCUGCAAAUAACCUCAUUCUGCAUAGCUGUUAUUUAGAAGGUCUUCUAUUCCACCGUGGGUUUGAGGUGAUACCAGCAAUAGUGAGAUCUAAAGCUCAAGUACCGCCAUGGCUGCACUGUCGGGAGGAGAGAUGUGCAUCAAAUACCUGAUGUUUGCCUUCAACCUCGUAUUCUGGCUUGCAGGCACAGCUGUCUUUGCUAUAGGCCUGUGGCUAAGAUUAGACCCAAAGACCAAAGGUCUGUUUGAAGGACCAGACUCUCCAUAUGUGUUUUACACAGGUGUGUAUAUCCUGAUAGGAGCUGGAGCACUGAUGAUGGUGGUGGGUUUCCUGGGAUGUUGUGGGGCCAUCCAGGAGUCCCCCUGUAUGCUGGGACUGUUCUUCUUUUUCCUGCUUAUCAUAUUUGCUAUUGAGGUUGCGGCUGGAAUCUGGGUAUUUUCCAACCAAAGCAAGGUGGUGAAUGACAUCACAACAUUCUACAUGCAGACCUACAAUAACUUCAAGACGACAGGAGAUGAGCGCCUCAAAGAGACUCUGCGGGUGAUUCAAACCGGGCUGAAGUGUUGCGGGCCAACUGGUACUGUAGUAGAUACUGCCAAAGACACGUGUGCCCGGGGAGAGCCACUCGAGGAACUCAUUACUAAGAGCUGCCCUGAUGCCAUUGAUGAGGUGUUUGACUCCAAGCUACACAUCAUAGGAGGAGCGGGCAUCACCGUUGGUGUUGUUAUGGUGUUUGGGAUGAUCUUUAGCAUGCUCCUGUGCUGUGCCAUCAGGAAGUCUCGGGAGGUGGUGUGACACCCACCACCACAUCCUCAAAUCCUUGUUAAUGUUGCAUGAUGUCAUUCCUAGAGUCAGAUGACUCUCCACUGCCAAUAUAAACACUGCUUGUUCAAGAGGGAUAAUCUAAGCUAGCCUGGGUGCAGAUAUUUCUGAUUAUUACAUAACAUCGGUUAGGACUGUGCUGCUGACUAGGCUCACCUUCCUGGACUAGAUAGACGCGAUGUGGUUAUUAGGCCCAACUAUAGAAUAUGUGUCAUCUUUGCUUCAGUGACAAUGUAGUACAGAAAUGUGUAAUUUUGUGGUCAUUUGAUUGAAAUUAGUGUUUGUGAACUGCUAAUUAUCUAAACAAAAGAUCAUAUUAUUAUUAUAUAUUAUAGUAUACUGAUCACAUUUCUACUGCUAUUACUUGGGGUCAUUUACCGACGAGAAGAGUCACGGAUCAGGGCCAUAAAAAUGGCAACCACCACCACUUCAGCACAAUACAGCAGUAGCCAAUGAAUUUCUACAGUCCUUUUUCUUACAACACCGAAGUCAAACCAUGGCGACUAGUAGCCAAUUCAAUGCUGAGCUGUGAAAUGCUGUGAUUGAAGUUUUUUCCAGCUUGGUAUUAGAGUAGCAUAUUGGUUCCUUCGGGGUUUUUUUUUCAUUUAAUUUGUUCCUUCCUUUCUCCAUCUCCUAACUUGCCCUUUCUAAAAUCGCCUUUAAUUUUUGGCACGUUUUGUAAAUGUCUUCUACUUUUAUUUGUGACAGAUUUAUACACUUAGGUGGUUGUACGGUACAUGUGGUUUGAUGAUGUAUUUUAUAAUGUUCUUUUCAUUUUACAGAUUGGGUUGAUUUAUACCAUAUGCACUAUGUUUCACUGAGACAAAAAAUAAUGACAGCCAAAUAAACCAAAAUGUACUGACUGAGA